UGCCCACCUCUAAAAUAAAUGCCUAAUGAAUUGGCUCAGUUCCGUUGUGCGCUUAAUUUUUUGUCGCUGCUCAAACUGAAUGUUUCCGCCUGUCAGAACACCGUAUGCAAAACCGUGACCGCGCCCACGCCGUGCUUGAAAGUCCAAUACAUUUAAUCCGCAAUUGUGACGCAAAAGCAACAUGAGCGUUUUGCGGGAGGAAACGACAACUUCCAGCCAGAGGGAGAUAAGCACAAACGGCGGUGGGUUGGAUUUCCCCGCAGAAGUGACGUCGCUGAUUGCUGGCAACAGCUUUUGCUUAACGCCAGGAAAUAACGGCGGGAUCGGUGCCCAGAAAAAGGUCACUACUGGAGCGGGUCUGAACAGUACACAGAGAGCUACGGAUGCCACCAAGCGCAAGAAACUAAGGUCGCGUAACGUACCACCUUCCCCAUUGGCCCAAAAAACUGAAGCAGCGGCGACCUCUCUUAACCAAACGAACAUCGGUGAGGUCAAGAGAACCGAUAUUAACUAUUCCAACGAUCACCUUGAUGCCUGGUUGGAGAGCUGUUUACGUGAUGCCACCAACGCCCAAUUGUCUUCUUCAUCUGAGUUUUUGGACUUCAUACCGCCCACAGCACCAGCUCAUAAGCAAAUGUUUUUGACUCAACAGCAGCAGCUGCCGCAGCUUAAACAGCAACUACAGCAGCAGAGGCAACAGGAAUUUUCGAAGCGAACCCAGCCUUACGGAGUGGGUCCAGGCACACCGUUUAGCCUGGGGAUACAGCGCAAUUCGAACUCUCUUAGCCAUCGAUAUCCGAUGCUCUUCCCACCCCAGAGCCUUAACAGCUAUGGUGAUGGUGGCCAGGAGUUUGCAAGCUUGCCUCCCCUGAACAACAUGAUGGGAGGGCCGGAAGGGCUUGGGUGCGAUCAGGAACCGAAUUCGACGGAUGUGCUGGAUGGCAGCGAAAGCAAUCCCAACUUUACCAAGGGAUUUCGGUUCAGCGAUCCGUGCCUACUGAACCCCUCCGAUAAUGACUCUAAGCUGAGUGGCCAGAAUACACCAGAGUGUCGAAAUGUGAACAACAAUGGCAGUGGCUGUGAUCUGGCACAUCAAAACAAAUUUUUCGCGGCUCUAAUGGAACAAAUAAACAUAUUGCACGACACCAAUUCCAAGAUCUGCCGGAAUUUGCAUAAUACAAAAGUUGAUAUCGAAGCUUUAAAGCACUCCCCUAAUAGCCAGCACUGGGCAGGUGUAGGCUUUGGGGGCAUGCGGCACCGUAGAGAUAGCUUAAGCGGGCUAAGCACACAAAGUCAACCUCUUAUUCUUGGCAGUGGAUUGGGAGGGACACACAGCCCAGCGCCCACAUUUCACUCAGGCGCCUACACUCCAGGAAUGAUGACGGAUGUCGUGCGGGAAGUGAAGGAGGCAGCGCGCAUACGCGAAGAUGCACUGCUAAGUCGAGUAAAAUUAAUGGUUGAAGAACGUCAGUGUUCCUUAAACGAGGGAAAUGUCCGAAUUCUGAGAGAUAUAGACGAUCUAAAGACCCAAGUAAUGCAGUUGCGACUGGAGAAAAAGGAGACUAACAAACGCCUCUCACAUCUGGAAUCCGAAAACAAGUGCCUUCGUCAAGCUCUGGCCGGUUGUUAUAACCAGCGGCCAAUCAGUAACGACAUUAUUUACGAAAAUGACCGAUCCCAUGGAUUCCGAAAGCCAUUUCCGAAUGGGGGUGGCGGCGGAGUUGUGGGUUCCGGUGCCCUCGGAAUACGACGGGCAAAAUCUUUAAACCUUCAUUAUGGAACAAUGCAUCAAACGCCUAUCCAAACGACACACUCUUUGGAAGAGGACGACGAAAUAGAAGAGGAGCAGUUAGUAGAGCAAGUAGGACUGGACGGAGAAGAAUUAUCCCUGACUGGCAACAACAGUUUAUCGUGUUUGAACAUCGGUCAUCAAUCUCCCUCCAACUUAACGCCUCACUCACAGAUACCUAAAUCAGAAAAGCAAGCAGUUAGAAGCCCUCCCUCUUUUGCGCUGGCUUCUGACCAGAUCAAUCCGGGAAUUCCACCGCCAUUGCUACCACGAAAGAAGGACCACGCUCAUCUAAAGCGGGAGCGCAGCGAGGCGGCCUCCGUACGUAAGGAGACAAAUCAACGUAUAAUUGCCCUUGAGAAAUUGGUUGAAGACCUAAGUGACCAGGUGAGAGGUAAGACAAAGAGGAACCCGACCGUAUCAAGCACUGCAGCGGACAUAACGCUAUCAUCGAAAUUCAGCGUGGCGGACGCUCCGAUUACGGACUUAUAGUUUUAGCUAUAAGCCGCCUCAAAAGCAAAAGGGUUGCGCCAACACAAAAUGCGUGUCACUCACUUAUAGCAUUUGGAUACACGACAAUUAUCACAUCAACGACACUUCAUCUUAUGUUUCAAAAUUUAUUAUAACCCAAUAACCUGUGCGUAAGCUCAAAUGUAUUAACUAGAAUGCUUUUACCAAGUGUCAACUGUAAUUUAAAAUUUUGAAACUCAUUGUUUUUUGUCUACUAAAAAUAAAUGUCACUAAAUUUUUAAAUGAAUAUGGUCCAUAAAUUAUUUAAUUCAUUUUGAGUUAAUUGAGAUGCAUUGCACAACAGUGUUUGUAUUUUGUGGAUGAUUAACUAAGAAAACCUGUACCUAUCGAAAUGAACAAAAAUCAAAAUCUAUAUAGACGCAAAAAGCCUAGAAUUUAAAUAAUAAUUAAGUAGGUUGAAUAAUGAAAAUUGUUAACCAUAUUUGUUAAGUGCCAUUUAAUUAAAAAAUGUAAAAAUGUAAUAUAUUCAUAUAAAUAGACAUAAACAUAAACAUUAACAUGAACG